CCUACCUCUCCUCGCACCUUUUCAUAAUGUUAAGCCUCACCAGUCCCUCCCUCGCUCACUUUCAUCACCAAACAACAAAUUCAUUGUUAUUCGGCCUUUGCGUAACCUAUACACGACAGCGCUUCAUUAUCGAAUAGUCGACAUAAGCUCCAAUUAUUGCAAUAGCCUGAACAAAAUGGAGGAAGACAACCGCUUUAACAUCGAGGAGCAACCGUCCAAGUUGCGAGUUUACUCGACUUUGUUUUUUAAAUACAUACGGCCAUGUGUAGCCGAGCUGUUUGGUACAACAAUUUUUGUUUUUGCAGAUCUUGGUGGUAUGAACUACAUCAGUAGCACUGCCUUUACACAUGGUCUUAUAUUAUUUGUGUUAAUCGCUGGAACUGCCACCGUCAGUGGUGGUCAUUUUAAUCCAGCAGUAACUCUGGCACUUACAAUCGUUCGUGGUUUACAACCAGUACUUGCACCGUUGUAUAUUUUAUCUCAGCUUUUGGGAGGAAUUAUCGGCGCAGGUUUAGCACGAGCAGCGAUGAGCUCUAAGCAAUAUGCAAAACCUUUGGUGGUGUGCACAUGCUUGGAACUGAUAUCACCAGGUCAAGGCAUUUUGGCUGAAGCCUUAGCGACCUCCCUCCUGGUGUUUGUCGUGUUGAUGGUCGCAUUUGAUGAGAGAAACAAGAGCAAGUUUGCUCCUCUUGCCAUUGGCUUUACAGUUACAGGCGGAAUUUUGGCAAUUGGGGUCAUUUCGGGAGGUUCCAUGAAUCCUGCACGAAGUUUUGGUCCCGCAGUUGUGAAAAAUUAUUGGAAACAUCAUUAUGUCUACUGGGUUGGUCCGUUUCUUGGUAGCAUACUAUCAACUUUGAUGUAUGGUUUUGUCUUUGCAACACCAAACCAACUAUGGCUACCAUUAAGGGAGCCAAUUACAUGAGAUGCUUUUAGAAAAUGACAAAUAAACCAAGCUGACGAGCUCACUUUAAUUUUCACUUCUUUCAAGAUUUUUAAAUGUUUUAUCAUCUUGAGGGUAUAGAGCAAGUGUAGAAAAACAUUCAGACAUCAAAACAAUGGAGAUUGGCUUAGUUUAGAAAUAUAAACCAACAAGAAAUUUUUCUGUAUAAGAUAGUGAUGUGUUAAGUAAGUAAACAACAUACAAAUGCUGAA